AUGUACCUGGUCACAGUGCUCGGGAACCUGCUCAUCAUCCUGGCCAUCAGCACUGACUCCCACCUCCACACCCCCAUGUACUUCUUCCUCUCAAAUCUGUCCUUUGUUGACAACAUCUGUUUCAUCUCUACUACAGUUCCCAAGAUGAUUGUGGACAUCCUAAGUAACAGUAGAGUCAUUUCCUAUGAGGGACGCCUCACACAGAUGUUUGUGUUUCUCAUUUUUGCAAGUAUGGAUGACAUGCUUCUGAUUGUGAUGGCCUAUGACCGCUUUGUGGCCAUCUGUCGCCCCCUGCAUUACACAAUCAUUGUGAACCCACGCCAGUGUGUCUUACUGGUUUUGCUGUCUGUCCUUAUUAGCUUUGUGGAGUCCCAGCUGCAUAAUUCAGUUGUUUUACAAUUUACCUGCUUCAAAGAUGUGGAAAUUGCUAAUUUCUUCUGUGACCCUUCUCAACUCCUUAGCCUUUCAUGUUCUGAUCCUUUAAUCAAAACCAUAGUCAAAUAUAUUGGUGGUAUUAUCUUUGGCAUUUUUCCCAUCAUAGGGAUUUUUUUUCUUACUAUAAAAUUGUUUCCUCCAUUCUAA